UAAUGGAGUGGGAGGGACGUAGGAGGGGUGACUAAUGAGUGAUGUGCUAGGAAGGCAAAAAUAAGAAUGUUGGGGAUGAUCAUAACCAUAUGGAGAGUGUUUUGCUGAGAGGGAAAGAAUGAGCAAGAGGAGGAGGAAAGUGAGGAAAGAAGGCUGAAUUGGAGAAAAAGAGAAGGCAGAUCUCAACAAAGAUCGUGUUAUUUGCAGAUAAAGAUGUUUCAAAGCAAGAAGAGGCUGAGGAUUAGACACGUGUGACUGGACCAGUGAGUGGGAUGCAAUCUCUUUGUUUUGUAACUUGAGGAAAAAGCCAGGGAGAAGCCUGAAAACAGGAAGAAGAAAACAAACGGGAGAAGAGCAGCAGGAAGGGGGAAGUAGCUGGCUGUUUCACGCACUGGAGCCCCUCUCGAAUUCUUCAGGAUCUGUCCUCCAUCUGGAAUGCCGAGUCACUUCCUCUGUCUGCUUUAACUGGGUUGUCCUGUGGCUUUUUCUUUGCUCACACCCUCUGCUCUGACAGCAAUGUGAGGAAGCUCUGGAGACCGCGGGACGGGCAGAGGAGACACUCCUGACAGGACACAAAAAUCCAGUGUGAGAGGUGGACCCCUGGAAUUAGCCUCCACCCAUUUAGUCAUUCCCCAAAUGGAGACCUGACUUGGAAAAAGCAAAAGCAACAAAAAAAUACCAUCUGCAGUCAUCAGCUGAACUCACUGGAGGGUGUUCCCUUUCCCUUAUAAGGCAGCAGAGCUGGGAAAUCAUUUGAAUUAGUCUGGUUUCAGUUGCAUGUCUGUCUGGUUUUAGUGCUGACUGACUUCCAUCUGGUACGUUUGUGUCUCUGUGUGGGCGCUGCAUGUGCUGCUUGAUGUGUUUGUUUUGCCAUUCUUGAUUCUCCUUUUCCUGUUUGCAUGUAGGUCUUUGUUUUGGGACAAAAGGAGGGCUUGUGUUUGUGGUUAAGCUAGAGUCAGCGUCAUAGCCUCAGGAGUGGCUGCUUCAUUCAGACUCUGCAGUUUUUCCUUCUACUCUCUCCCCAACACAGCUGUGAUGUUUGAUGGAUCAACACACACUCACACACACCUGGGUGCAGUAACUCAGAGCUUAGGAUAAGAAAACUGGAAAAAAGAUCAGAACGCUGGACUGGAGUUUUUGCUGAGAGGUGGACUUCUUGUUGAUGAGGAAGAUUUUACGAUUCGACUGAUAUGGGUGACUCAGAAGUAGUCCGGACCCCAGGAAGUGCUAGCUGAUGGGGUUGACACUACAGCCAUGGUGAAAAGGAUCAUGAGAAACUUUUAGACAUUUAGAUCAAGCACUCAGUGUACUCUGAUGACUUGACCUCCAGGACAGUGCCCUCUGUGCACAGAAAACGUGGAAUCUCUGCAGCGUUCAGAACCUCAUGAGGAUUACUCGUAUGAAUAUACAUUGGACUAUUAACUGCCAUGGCUUUGGCAUCAUGGUAUCACCGAGACAUCAGCCGAGUUUGUGCAGAGGACUUGUUGGCACGGGCGGGAAGGGAUGGCAGCUACCUGGUAAGAGACAGUGAGUCUGUGCCAGGAGCCUAUGCAUUGUGCCUACUAUUCCAACGUCAUGUUCACACGUAUCGUAUCCUUCCUGAUGCAGACGGGCUUCUGGCAGUUCAGUCGACACAGGGGGUGCAGGUGAACUGUUUUCGGACCCUCGAGGAUCUGGUGUUGGGGUACCAGCAGCCCCACAAAGGUCUGGUCACCCCUCUCCUCUACGCCGUCGCCCCUGAUACAGACACUGGGGAUGAGAGCUCAGAUGAUGAGAAGCCCACUCCAGCCCCCAUUAAUGCUGUGUCUUUUAUGGGACCAACAACAAAACCAGCUCCCCAUGCCAUUUUCCUGGAGAAGUUACAAGAUUUGAAUACAUCCAAUGCUGCAGGUGAUGUGAUCAGCCUGCUCAACGACUACCUUUUCAGUGAGCUUCCUCUCGACAUUGAAAACAUGCAUAAAGGUGCAACAACUUUAAGGCACCUGAAGCGCACUCUGGUUACUGCCUGCCAAGGUCUCAACAGUGAAAUCGAUCUCACUCUAGCAAGUCUGGAAACUUUGGCCAAAGUCUUCGACCAUCCAAGCUGCACGUUAACGUCCACCAAGGCACAGGGUCCAGACAUGGAGAUUGACAACUUGUUGUGUAAGAUCUCAGCUUUGGUCAGCCUCCUCUCUUCUUUGGAGAAAAAAGUUUUAAAAGCUUUACAAGAUGCAGUGACCAACCACAAUCUAGCAGCUCAGCCCAGCCCACCUCCUCCUGACCCGACGCCUGCCGCUGUAACGCCUAUAAGACACAAAGCCCGACAGCUCCCUGUGCACUCCUUCCAGGUGAAGAUGGUGAGGUAUGGCAGACAGACGGUUUCCGUGGAUGUGGACUCUGGAGUGUUGCUCUUUGACAGGAAGGCUGGCUCGUUUGGUGUAGAAAGGGUCUCGCAUGACAGAAUUGUCCAGAUCGUCAAGUUCCAAAACAGUCCAGCAAAGGUACAUUUGGUGGUUGACGGCUACCGCAACACACCGCGGGAGAUGACGUUUGAAAGCGCUCAGAAAUGUGAGUCCUUCUGCCACCUCCUGCUGCUGAUGAAGUCCGCACACGCUCAGCUGGAUCAACCUGAUCUGGUGUCGGUGUUUGUCGGCACCUGGAACAUGGGUGGUUCCCCUCCUCCUCGAAGCCUGCAGUCAUGGGCGACCUGUCGUGGAUUGGGACGCACCCCUGAUGAGUCCACUGCUUUGCUUCCUCAUGACAUUUAUGCUUUGGGAACUCAGGAAAACCCACAGGGGGAGCGGGAGUGGACUGAACAUGUCAAGGCAACCCUUCGGAGCUAUACUCAAGUUGACUUUAAACUGGUGGCAGUGCAGUCCCUCUGGAACAUCAGGCUCGCUGUGUUUGUGAAACCAGAGCAUGAGAGUGGCAUCAGCCAUGUGAACACAGCCAGUGUGAAGACUGGCUUAGGAAACACUUUGGGAAACAAGGGAGCUGUUGGAGUAUCCUUCCUCUUUAAUGGGACAUCCUUUGGGUUUGUUAAUUGCCACCUGACCUCUGGAAGUGACAAAGUACUAAGGAGGAACCAGAACUUUGUGGACAUCCUGAGGCUUCUCUCUCUGGGUGACAAACAGCUCUCUGGAUUUGACAUCAGUCUGCGCUUCACCCAUCUCUUCUGGUGUGGAGACCUGAACUACAGGCUCGACCUGGACGUGCAGGACAUCCUGAAACACGUCUCCAAGAGAGAAUUUGAGGAGCUCAUGUGUGCAGACCAGUUGACCCGAGAGAGACACAAGAGGAAGGCCUUUUUUAAUUUCAAGGAAGAAAAGAUCGCAUUUCCGCCCACGUAUCGUUAUGAAAGAGGCUCUAGGGAUUGCUACCUGUGGCAAAAAUACAAGACGUCAGGGGUUCGAGUUAAUGUGCCGUCGUGGUGUGACAGGAUUCUGUGGAAGUCCUACCCAGAGACGCACAUCAUCUGUAGCGCAUAUGGUUGCACAGAUGACAUAUUUACGAGCGACCACUCACCUGUUUUUGCCACAUUCCAAGUGGGAGUGAUGUCCCAAUGCAACUCCGGGGCGGAUUUGAGUUUGAGCUUGGAGAGAGCCUGGAUUGAGCUGGAAGCUAUUGAUGUCAUUGUGAAGACAGCAAGCAAGGCCAAGUUCUUCAUUGAGUUUCACUCCUCCUGUCUGGAAGAGACGCAGCGCUCCACUGAAAAUAACUCACAGAGUUGUGAUGUUCCUGGCUUUCUCAAACUGGGAUGGACCUCCAAACAGCUCCCUAAACUUUUUCCAGUCUUGUCUGACAUGGAAUACCUCCAGGACCAGCACCUGCUACUAUCUGUAAAGUCUUGCGAUGGAUUCGAGUCGUACGGCGAAUGCUGUGUGUCUCUGCGUUCGCUGACUGGAGCCUCGCAGAAAUUUGAGACGUUUCUGAGUCACCGGGGUGAGGAAAUGGGCUCCAUCCGAGGAAGGGUUCGAGUCCACGUUCCCAAAGACAGACGGGCCACACGGCACAAGAUCUAUGAAUUGUUUUGUUUUGAAAAAGAGGAUAAAGGUCCUGGAAGGGGACACGUGUCUCCUGCAGCAACACGACUCCCAGUAACGAGACCGACCGGAGUUCCUGCUAAACCCACUCCGAGCAGCUACACCAACCCUGCUUACUUCAUCUUUGAAGGUGUGUCUGUCCCCCCCAGAGUGGAGGAGCGUCUCCCCCACAGGAGGGACCCUCAGGUGAUCUGGUCCGGUAACGAGGCCUUGCAGCUUCCAAAAGUCUCUGUCCGACAUGGCUUCAACCGGAGGAGCUGCCGAAGAUCAGACUUUACAGAAAUUGAAAUUCCAGCUCUCCCACCUCAGUGCGCUCCAACCAGCGACUUUCAAAUACCCCAAACCAGCUCCUCUUAUCAGCUUUUUCCAGUCCAAAGCCCAGCUCCUGCACCUCCACCCUCUGGAAACCCCAUCCCACAGUACCAAGAGCAGACUUCACCUCUCAGAGACAGACACCAGGGAAAAACUCAUGUCCAGGACUCUGUGCAGCCUGAAAGCAACGUGAGGAACUUGUACAUGAAUCACUCUGAAAUGAUCAAAGAAACAGCCCGACACGAUAAACCCCUGCUCCUUCCAUCAAAAACAAAUGCAGUCCAAGCAUCAAAGACCCCAUCGGCGCUGCCAUACACCUCCUCUCACUCAGCACACCGUCACUCUUCGGCCUCCUGGAUCGUGGAUAAACGUCCCCCGGCACCAACAGGAGACAACUCCCUUACUGCUUUACAAAUAGCCAAGUCCCUCAGUGAAGUUGACUUCUUCCCAUCAGUGGAGAGAGGCCAGUCUGCAACCAGGCAGAGGAUGACUUGUAGAAAUGGUCCUUUAAAGCAGGCAGACCGGGGCUACAGCUGGGAGAAAGAGGCGUCGGUCCUGAAAUGUGCGCCUGAAACUGUGCAGGAGCUCCUCAGUACUCUGGGACUUCAGAAAUACACCCUGGGACUUAGUCUGAGUGGCUGGGAUGAUCUAGAUUAUUUCAGUGGCAUCACUGAAGAGGACCUGUGUGCAGCAGGAGUAACAAACCCCUCGCACCGUCGCAGGAUUCUGGAGAGCUUGCCCAGGAACUGGACCUGACAGGAACUAUAUAAAGACCUGUCACUUAUUCACAAAUGGAACUGGAAAUUCCAUUUGGACAUUCUGAUUUAUACUGUAACAAGUUUAUCUGUGCCGACACGCACAAGAAGAAAAUACUUUUUGAAUUCCACACCUUCUUAAUCUGCCUGAACCAUUGAUAUGUGUCUCUAGUUUGUGAUAAAUUACAAGAAUUAAUCUUUUUUUGCUUCAUUCAUUUCGUUUUUCAGUGAUUCUUAAAAUGUUAUAAAAAUACAGCCCCCUGUGUUCACUUAAGGCCAGUGUUUACCAUCUAUUUCCUGCCACGGGCUUCUUUAUCUUGCUAAUGUGGAGCCAGAGUCUGAUCAUACAGAAGUCCUACAAUAAACCUAUACAGCAUAAAUCCAUAGAAGGGAACCAAAGAAAGAACAUGUUUGCCGUUUCAUAAUGUUACCACCAUGUCUCCUAAUGAGUUGCGUGCUAUGUUCGGUGCACAUAUUAUACAGUUCAUAAAGCAGCACUUGACUGAGCAAUCACAAGUGGUUUUGCUUUUGAGCAAACAGUAAAACAACUUUUUAUGGUCCUCUCCUCCAUCUCUGACCUAAUGCACCACCUUGUUGCUUCAUAUUCAGCGCUGCAAAAGCAAGGUCUCUUUUGUCUUCAGGUUUUCUUUUCAUUUUUGCUGCAGCUUUGCCACAGAGGAUAGUCAGAUAUUUUCCUCUAAUCUGCAAUUUAAUCAUAAAUGUUUAAAGAAACCUAAAACAAA